GUACACAAAAUAUUACUUCAACUGGAAUAGAUAUCUAUAGGGCAGACACAUUCCAGAAUGCCAGCAUAUACCAUAUGCAACUCUUCUCGGGAUAUCAGCAAACUUGUGGUUGGAGGAUCUCUUGAAGAGAUAAAAAUGGCCGGCGACAAAUUAGGAUGCAAAGCAAAAAAGUUGGUUCUUGAAGAAAAUGGAGCUGAGAUCGAGGAUGAAGAGGUUCUUGCAGUGCUUUCUCUGAAGGACAAGAUAAUGAUUCUGGGUGAAGCAGAAGAGUGGCGUAAGGAAGAUGUCGUGCCUUCCUGUGCAGGUUCAACAGACGAUUGCGCUGAAAAUCCCACACUGAAAGAUUUAGAUGUUCCAGUGCUUCAAGUACCGACAUUGUCACCAUCUUCCAAUACCCGUAUCACACCAAGGACACCUUUACCCAAGUUUAGCGACUACGUCCAGAUGAAGCUUAUCAACAAGGAGUCGCAUCUUGUUUGGAGCCAGUGUAUUCGUGAAGCAGCUUAUUACUAUUUGGUACAAUAUCCAAAUAUCGGAAAGAGUAACCAAUCAGAAUAUCAAACUAUUGGUGGAAGUAUGUAUGGACAAUACCCUUCGAUUCGCCGUGAUGGACCGCGUCCAUGGUCAGCAUUUGCAAAGGACCUUUCAAGUAGAAUACGCCAUGUCAGAUGGUCUGAAAAUAGGAAAUCCCUUUUGCCAAACUCUGAAACCAUUGGGGAUUUUAACCCAUCACCAGCAAAGUCGUUGUGUCUGGCACAGGAUACUAGGUCUCUGAGCAGUAAGCUUCGAAAAAUACCAGAAGAGGAACUGGAACAGCAUUUACUAAAGCUUUGGAAACUCAGUGAAGACAUCGAACAGAAACACCUCAAAGAUGAGAGGCUUCUCAGGGUGGCAAAGGAUAUUAACAUUCUAUUAAAGGAAACUUACGUCAACAGACGAGAGUGGAUAGAAGCCCAGCGGGAGAGUGGAAGUGUCAAACAAAUAACUGACCGUUAUCCAUGUUUCACCAAUCCCAUCUUUGUCUUUGCUGAACUGAAGCUCAUUAAAGGCAAGGAUCUCUGGACCAGUGCCCAGAAGAACAUUGACUGUUUGUUUGACAUCACCAGGUCGCUACAGAAGGGAGAUGGAAAGGAGGGACUUGAGGCAGAUAUUUCAUCCUUCCUGUGCAUGGAAAAGAAAAGUGCCUAUGACAGAGGAAAGGGUAGAAAAACCGCUUUAAUAUUAACAGUCCACCGCGAUUUUUCACCUGACGAAGUAGACAAGGCUGUACAGAAAGUGUCUAACGAACAUUCACCAAGUCUGAUGGUGUUUGUGAAUGAUGAUGCAAUUACUCAUGCCAUUGUCAAAGCUGAUAAUGUAAACCUCUCUUCUUGUCCAACAUUCAGAAAGUCAGUGCUCUACCUGUUGGCAGUGUACUAUAUUGCUUGGAUAUCCUAUCCAAGACAGUAUUCUCAGAUUCUUGGCCUCUUACAGCAAUUGGUUUUGGGUGAAGUGUUCACUGAACAGAAAUCCAAAAAGUAUCUGCAGUUUGCUCACAUUUUGACUAAUUUGUGGCCUGUAGAACAGGGGUUCUAAAGCCCAUUGCAUUCAGUGUCAUGGGACAUCAGACUUAGAUUUACUGACAGCGUUCAGUGUUAUAUUGUUUGUUUAACAUAGUUUUGCUAUUCAGAGUUAAAGUAUAAUUAUGCAAAACACAAUUCCUACUGUCACAAUAAUGGUACUAUUCCAACGAAUAGCAUUUAGGUUCUUGGCCUCUUACAGUAAUUGAUUUUGGGUGAAGCGUUCACCGAACAGAAAUCCAAAACGUGUGUGCAGUUUGCUUACAUUUUGACUAAUUUGUGGCCUGCAGAACAGAAGUUCUAAAGCCCAUUGCAUUCAGUGUCAUGGGACAUCAGACUUAGAUUUACUGACAGCGUUCAGUGUUAUAUUGAUUGUUCAACAUUGUGUGUUUUAAUAGUUCGGCUAUUCAGAGUUAAAGUAUAACCAUGCAAAACACAAUUUCUGUUGUCACAAUAAUGAUACAAUUAUCUUUCGUUGUGAAUAGAGGAGCUUGUGUCAUCCAGGUAUGUCAUAUUACAAAAGAUGAUAUAAACAUGCUGUCAAGAAUAAAUCUCAUUACUUACUAAACAUCUUCUUUGUGUUGUGAGUCUUUAGUCUGAUUAUAUUAUACAGAUAGAUAAUGCCCACAAUGUAUUUAAAUGUCCAAGGAUCUCUCUCUCUCUCUCUCUCU